UGUGUGCAGCCGGUCUUUUAGAUGCUAAAAUAGGAAGUGACCAAAUUAUCACAAGCUCUGCCGGAUAGAGGGGGAAGGAAGCUCUCUGAUGCUUAGCGCAUAAGUCGUCUUCUGAUGAACUUGGGCACAGUUUGAAGGCAUAACAGUGAGCCGCUAAUAUUUGACGCAGAGAUGAUUUUCUGGAGCUGUUUGUUGUCGCUCUCUUUGUGGCUCAGAGUGUCACCUGCUAAUGCCAAUGAGUGGGAAGCGGCAGUGAACGCGUCGGUGGUGGGUUUGUCCGGAUCAUGUGUGGUGGUUUCCUGUGAGUUCAGCUACCCUGCUAAAGGAAGAACAUACACAGAAUUCACAGGGAUUUGGUACAAAACCAAUGAGGAAUCGGUAGUAUUCCAUAGAGACCACUCAAAAAUCAUAGAGGCAUUUAAAGGUCGCACUAGUCUAACUGGUGAUUUGAGCAAAAACGACUGUUCUUUGAACAUCAGCUCUCUAAAACGCAGUGAUGAAGGAUCGUUCAUGUUCCGGGUUGACAUUAAAGAUCUGGACAAAUACACAUAUAAAAAGGAUAAAGAAAAGGUUUCUAUAAAAGUGGAGGAAACACCAAAGAUUCCAUCCGUCUCUGUGGAAGAGGAAGUGACAUCAGGGAAAAGGGUGACCGCUACCUGCGCGGUGUAUCAUUCCUGUCCGUCAAACCUGCCUCGUGUCACCUGGAGCCACGAUGGCACACACUCAAGGUCAUCACAGCCACAACAUCACGGCCAGUGGUUGAUUACGUAUUACAACCUGACCUUCACUCCUUCUAGAGAAGACCACGAGAAACAGCUCAGCUGCUCUGCGCAGUUUGAAGUGAAGACAGUGACAGGCAACAGAACUCUCAACGUUAAAUAUCCUCCAUAUAACGUCAGGGUGACCACUAAAGCGUCAGUGAAGGAGAACGACUCUGUGGAGCUGACCUGCUCCAGUGACAGCAAUCCUCCUGCAAGCAGCUACCGCUGGUUCAGCUCGGAUGGGACGACGUUAGGAAACAAGCAAACUUACAAACUAGAGAGAGCGUCUCGAUAUACUGAAGCCAUUUCCUGUACAGCCAUUAACACAGAGGGAAAAGCAAGUUCUGGUCCACAGAAAAUUAAUGUGCUGUAUCCUCCAUAUAACGUCAGGGUGACCACUAAAGCGUCAGUGAAGGAGAACGACUCUGUGGAGCUGACCUGCUCCAGUGACAGCAAUCCUCCUGCAAGCAGCUACCGCUGGUUCAGCUCGAAUGGGACGACGUUAGGAAACAAGCAAACUUACAAACUAGAGAGAGCGUCUCGAUAUACUGAAGCCAUUUCCUGUACAGCCAUUAACACAGAGGGAAACAAUACUUCUGGCCAGUGGAAACCUUCAGAAGCUCCUCAACAUGGCAUAAUAAUAUACAUCGCUGUUGCAUCAGCUAUUGUACUUAUUUUAGCCUGCAUUUUAGUGUAUGUUGUGAGAAGACGAAGUGGGAAGAGCACUGAACAACUACAUGCAAUGAAGAAUGAGCAAAAUGGAAUGGAAAUAACCAAAAAUAAGAAUGAUCAUAUAUUUCAAAAUUUGGGUAAAGGAAAGGAAGGCAGUGAUGAGGAUAUUUACACAAAUUGCCCGGAAGGUCAUAUUUAUGGCAACACUGAGUUUGAUGGGAAAGCCUUCUCAUCUGACUACACCUCGGAAGAUGAAGCAGUCUACAUUAACACAUGAAGAUAACAACAAAGCAUGGCGUCCUGCUAGAAAUAACACACACAUGUAAAUGUACUGUGUGUGAAUCUCACGCUUUCAACGGGUGUGGAAACGCUUUCAGAGAGUGUAUUUAUAUUUGCAUUUAACAGUAAUUAGUAGUCAUACACAUAUUUAGUAGUCAUUAUCCAAAGUGAUUUACAAGUGGGGACAGUACAAGCAAUGAAGACCAACAAAAGAGCAGUGGCAUACAAUGCAGUGCUAUCAAGUUUAAAUGUCACUCAGAUAGAAAAAUAUAUUAGUGUUAAAAUAGUAAAAUGUAUUGUAAAUAUGCCAUUAAUGACUAAAAUAGCACAGUAUUAUUGCAUUAAUAUUGCAUUAUAUAAUAUUGCAUAGCUUACCCGUUAUUUAGAUUAGGUUUGUAUUUUUUAUCAGAUCAGAUAUGGAGAAAUUUAGCAUUACUUCACUUGCUUACCAGUGGAUCCUCUGAAGUGAAUGGGUGCCGUGAGAGUCCAAACUGCACUAUUCCUUUUAAUGUAUAUUCAUGUUAUACGGUAUCGGUUAGCUUGGGUGUGGGGAAAAAACAGUGUUAAACCAAAACCCCCCAUUGUUACACACUUUUAUGUUCAGUUCUAUGCAGUCUUGUAUGCAAUAAUGUAAUCUUGUAUGCAAUUAUAAGACAGGAACCAUUACAUCUUAGGAUAAAUCA